CGUGGGUCUCGCUGCUCGUGCUGCUGGCAGCGUGCGUGCGGUUUGGAGGCGCGGAGGUGCAGCGGAUGCGGGGAGGAUGCAGGGAGGAUGCUGGUCUUUGUGUCAGGAUCCUCACUAAGUCUCCUUAAUCUACACGCCCCUCCCCUGGGCGACCCCCUCCCUGCUGCUCUAGUGGAGCUGGUGAGGACGAGUCCCGUCUCCUCUAUAGAGGACCUGCAGCUGCUGCUGUUCAGUGACUCCGUAGAGGAGGACGCAGACGAGCAGUCUACUGAUGGGCAGCACGCCAAUGCCUCUUACAUACGCCUGCCGCGGAGCCUGGACGCCCAGCCCGCACACCAGGCCCAGUGUAAGGUGCGUACUGAGGUAACCGAGGUGACCCGCGGCAUGCUGGACCGUAGCAACGCCAACUUCCUGCUCUGGCCGCCGUGUGUGGAGGUCCAGCGCUGCUCAGGAUGCUGCAACACCAAGAGCUUACACUGCGUACCUGUACUCACACACACACGCUACCUACAGGUCAUGAGGAUUCAGUACAUCAACAAACGCCCUCACUACGACAAGGCUGUGGUUUCCGUUAGCGACCAUGUGGAAUGCCCAUUCAAGAAGAAGCACAGGCAAGGGCACAAGGAGCGUGUUGGCAAGAGCCACACUAAGGAGGCGCUGCAUGGGCCGGACCAGCUGAAGCAGAACCAGCUGCAGGACCUGUUGAAGGGGUCGCCGUGGCAACACGACAGUGGCCCCUCCCCGAAGAUCCCCCUCAGGUGGGACGAGGGGCGAGCGGACUUCCUGCUUCCCGACAGAGUGCAUCAUGGGAAAGGGCAGCAGCGGCAGGGAAGUCGUAAUGAGACUGUGUCAGUGGUGGACGGACGUGGGGAGUCAGUCAGAGGUCAUCACCACGGGGACGGUGAGGGAGGAUGGGGUCACCGUGGCGACACAUUCGCCGCUGUCGAGAGCUCAACUGGCCACCCGCAGCACCGUCCAAAGACUCCGUCAGACGGAAGACCAGAGGCGGACCUCACCAGGGGAGGGGUGGAGACACAGAUCCACCACCCAAUCCAGCACCGCUACGACCUGAGCAAGAUGGCCGCUGCAGCCAAUCAGAAGCACACACCUAGCCACAGGCUUAAGCUUAACCAAUCAGAAUACGACAAUCAGAAUCACGAAGCCGUACGCACCAAUCAGACUGGUGGACAGAGACUCGGCUUCACGGAGGUAACCAAUCAGAGUGGCGAGCGCAAGGACAAUCCCACGCUAGAAGCCAAUCAGGGGAGGGAGCAGGGGCCCGCCCCCACGGAGCUGACCAAUCACAGGCCCACAGGGAACGAGACGCCGGAGGGCAGACUGGGGGAGGAGGUGCGGGAGCCGCUGGAGGAGGAGAAGAGGGAGCUGCUGUUGCUCCACCGCAGGCUUGAUGAGGAGAAGCAGCUCCUCCAACAACAGCAGCACACACACACACAGCAUCACAGAACCACUAUCAGGACAGACACUACUGCUCCAGCGUCCACGGCAACGACCACCACGGCAACCACCACGUCCACAGCAACGACCACCACGGCAACCACGGCGUCCACAGCAACGGCCACCACGGCGACGACAACAACGGCAGUUGCACAGCGGCCCAGAGCGCCGCCCAGGCCCCUCCCCCCCCCACACCCCCAGAGACGGAGGAGGAAGCACAGGAACCGCAUCAGCAAGGCAGCCAUGAGAGCCAUGCUCAUGUAGACAACACACACUCACACACACUCUGGGUGCCGCCUGGUGGCCCAGUCCGGUUCGGUCCAGUCCUAGGUGGUCUCGGAGGCAGAGAGGCGCUGGGGGCUCUUCCUCCACUCGUAUGUGUUUUCAUGUUCAUGUUGUCCACUUGUUUCUUGUGACCUGCCCAAACAACAGCACUAACACGCCUCCACUGGGCCCCAUAAUCGGACGUCCAGUUCACUGACCAUGCCAGUGAAGCAGGGGGCCACUCAGUACUAAAACUGCCAUGGCGUGACCCUCAGCUUCACUCAACCUCUUGAGUCUUGGAUGAAACCUUCCCUGUGAGGCAGUGUAAACAAUGAACUACAACUCCCAUGAUCCUCUCUCUGAAACUGGAACACUGGAAUGUUUGCAGUGGCUAAAGAAUGCAUCAGGUUCCGCUCUGCCUCCCUCAGCUGACGAUGGGGCGUGAAAUAGACACAGGAAGUCAACCCGAGGAACUGAUAAAUCAACCUUCAAUGUUAGAGUGACUAGAAAAGUGCUUCAUGCCAUUAAAGUCAAAUCAGUUAA